AUGCCCGCUCCUUCGAUGACAACGCGUGGGAUGGCGACCGAAAGGUUCAGCCGAUCUCUUCUCUGCAGGGACAUCACAGAGGGUAUUCAUCACCUCCUACAACGGAAGAGAGAAGGCCACGCACCGCCUCACGAAUCGGCCACCCAGCGCUACCACGUCCAUGUCUGGCCUCAAAGACGUCCCAAUGGAUGCUGGUGUGAGGCACCUCGCACAUGUACGCUUUGGGCAAGGUGCAACAAGCGGCCUAUUCCGGAACUAGGCAUCAACACGGAGUUCACAACAUGCACCAGGGACCACCAAGAUUCUCGGGUGGGCUGCUCCGAUAUACAUUGCUUCAAUCCAAACGCCAGCGCCGUCAAGUACAUGGGUAAAUUCCUCCAAAAGAGGGCCGAUGGCGUGGCUCACUUAUCCAACGACCAAGUGAGACUGAUCGCGAAUAUAUUGGCCAGAUAUCGAGAUACCUUCCCUUCUCAAUACUUCCGGCAGUUUGAGAAUAUCGUCCACCUUAUCUUCCAGGACUUGUGCACGGGUGAGCCUUUGGACUGGAAUGCUGAGGUUCAAGGAGUAUUGGCGUGGAGAUUACCACCAGGAGAAUGUAUUAUUGAAUUGGCUCGUGAGAUCCAAUUAAUUGCGACCAAGAGGAACUUGAAAGAAGUUCGCCACCGAUAG